AUGGCGAUGUCUCGUCAUGCAACUGGGACGGUCCGGUACUUUGUCCUCGAAUUCGAAUGGUUCCCAAUGGCUCAUCAAUUCUGGCAAGAUGAAUUUGCAGACCUUGAAACUUCUCCGUACCCAAACCUCCCAUCGACUGGUUAUCACCCCGAACUCAAGCACACCAUUGAGCACGAGAUAGACUGGUUAGACUGGAGCGAUUUUCACCAUGAUCAAUGUACCUUGUCCACCAGACUACAGGCCGCAUGGGCCCUACUGUUGGCCCAAUACGCCAACAGCGAGGACAUAGUGUUUGGAACAAAUGUGGCCAGCGAAUGGAGGGAUUGUCAUAGAGCUGAGAAUGCCCCAAGUAUCCAAGGCAGUUGGAAAUAUGUCAUACCAUUUAGAGUUCCAGUAUCAUGGUACUCAGACCUCGUGGAGUGGUUGCAAAUCAUGCAAACUCGAAUUGAAGCUAUUGAAGAGGUUCUCGAAUGGGGAGGAUUGGACCGCAUCAGGUCUUGUAGUCCACAGGUAGCGGAAGCUUGUGAUCUUCGCACGAUACUGCUGAUUCGGGAAAUUGACGAGGAACAACAAGAGGAUACCCAACCCUUAUCAACCGAAGGAGUCUGCAAUAUGGGUAGUGUCGCCCUAAUUGUGGAAUGUCUGCCAUCUGCUCGCCUGCAGAAUCUCUCUGUACGAUUCCAUAUUGAUGAGGCUAUUGUGAAUGGUAUUCAAGCCAAGCAAAUGAUGUUUCAGUUCACAAAUCUUAUCCGCCAGCUCUGUCAAGUGAAUUUUCACGAGAAGGGAAAACAUAUUAUCGGCCUUGACACCAUAUGCGAAGAAGAUAAAACUCUCAUCUGGAAAUGGAAUGGGUCUCGUCCGCGGAAUAAUGAUAUCUGCAUCACCGAACUGUUCAGUCAACAAGUCAAGAGACGUGCAAAUCGGGCAGCUGUGCAUGCUUGGGAUGGCCUUCUCACAUACUCCCAACUGGAUGAGCAAUCAACGCUACUAGCCAAGUACUUGGUGCACACCCAGGUUGCUGGUCCAGGUCAGAUUGUUCCGGUUUGCUUUGAUAAGACCAUAUGGACGACAAUAACCAUAUUGGCGAUUGCAAAAGCCGGAGCCGUUUUCAUCCUGCUUGAUCCGUACCAACCUCGGAGCCGCUUAGCAGCAAUUAUGGCUCAAAUCCAAUCCUCCACCAUUUUGGCGAGACCAGAUACGGCUGAGCUAGCUCAGUCCAUCACUACUCAUGUAGUGAUUGUUGACGAAGGCUUCAAUGGGGUGGGGUCUUUCGAGACAGCUCCGCUAGGAGGCACAUCAUUGCCAUCGGAUCAUCUCUACAUCGUCUUCACAUCAGGCAGUACUGGAACACCGAAAGGUGUCACUAUAUCCCAUGCAAAUCUUGCCUCCGCAGUCGCCCAUCAAGCACGCACUCUUGGAUUCAACACAGGUGUUCGCACAUUUGAUUCGUCUUCAUAUACCUUUGACGCAUAUGUUUACAAUACUUUUUAUACGCUCUUGACGGGCGGUUGUCUGUGCGUUCCUUCUGAAACGGACCGUAUCAAUAACUUGCAAUUGGCCUUGCAGAAGUUGGAUGUCGAGUUUGCCCAAUUGACCCCCUCGACCUCCCGGUUGCUUGACCCAAAUAAGCUCCCACGCCUACGCACUUUGAUUCUUACUGGCGAGAAAAUAAACCGCACCGUACUCGACCCCUGGUUGCAAACAAAAGGACGAGUGCGUGUCAUCAAUGCGUAUGGACCAUCGGAGUGUACAAUAAUGUGUGCGGCAAACUGCAAUAUUACCUGCGCUGAAGAUGCGGAGAGCAUUGGGUUUGGUCUGGGUGCCAACCUUUGGAUCGCCGAUCUGCAUGACAUUAACCGCCUGGCGCCAGUUGGGGCGGUGGGCGAGCUACUUAUCGAUGGGCCGAUCGUCGGGCAAGGAUAUCUCGGCGAUGAGCAAAAGACCACGGAGUCUCUUGUGCAAAUACCCAAUGGUUAUCUGCCAGGAGUGGCACUCGCACCAACCUCCCCGAUGUUUCGUACUCGCGACUUAGCAAGAUACAACUCUGAUGGUUCAAUUUCCUUUAUUGGGCGCGCAGACACACAAAUAAAAAUCAAUGGACAACGCGUCGAAAUCGGUGAAGUUGAAUAUCAUCUUGGUCAGCUCUUACCCGACGGAAUUCUUCCGAUUGUGGAGGCGGUUCAAUGGCCAUCCGGCCAGAAGCAGCUCCUGGCAUUCAUCUACUUAGAUGAAGAAACGGGAGGGUCUGUCUCACACAUCAGGCGCCUGGUAGGGGAUAUGAUUGCAGGCUUAGAUGAGAAAUUGUCUGACAGACUGCCUCGAUUCAUGAUACCAUCCGCAUUCUUCCCACUCCAGUCUGUCCCCAUGACAGCCUCGGGAAAGACGGAUCGUAAGACGCUACGAAGUAUAGCACUAGCGUCACCCGAUCGACUACUUGACCUUUACUCUGUGGAGACACUCGGAGAGCCACUAAUGGAUGAUUCAAUUAGGCCAUUGACCUCAGAUGAGCUCAUCCUGGGGGAUUUCUGGACAAAAGUGUUGAUAAUCCCAAAUGACACUUCACUUCGACCCCAUGACAAUUUUAUUGCCAAGGGAGGAGACUCUUUGGCAGCCAUGCGUCUUGUAGCAUUGCUUCAUGAGGAAGGAUACGGUGGUUUGAGCGUUGCAGACAUUCUCCAACAUCCACAUCUUUCGGAUUUAGCAGGGUUAUUACAACGACGAGACCGGUAUGACCAACAUUAUGUUGCCGAUAUCUCGACUGAGCCAUUUUCGUUGCUACUGGGACCAAAACCAGAACCAAACGAAAUCAAUGCAAUUUUUAUCAGAGUCUCGGAAAGCUGCCAGUGCAAUCCCGCCGACAUCGAGGACAUAUACCCCUGCUCACCUAUCCAGGAGGAGAUGAUGGUGCUGGCAGCUCGAAACCCACAGUCAUUUGUCACACAAACCGUGUUGACUCUGGAACCCGAUGUGGAUCUGGAAACGUUUGUCCUCGCAUGGAAGAAUGUGUCAAUGUCAACGCCAAUAAUUCGAACGCGGAUUAUCGAUAUGAAAGCGAACCAUCUUCGUGGCGCUCAGCAUCAAAACUUUGCCCAAGUUGUAUUGAAAUGCUCUUUGUCGCUAUCCAAAUGCCCUGAUCUAGAUGAGUGUCUACAAUCUGAACGGGAGGCUGGCAUGGGAGUCAAUGAGCCACUGUUCAGAAUCGGGAUUGUUGAGCAGGGUUCCUCUGAUACUGAUACAAAACCAGAGUCUCGUACUCGGGUCGUCUUUACGAUGCAUCAUGCCAUCUAUGACGGUUGGUUCCUCAGUCAGAUUGGCGAUGAAGUAUUCAGCACGUAUAAUAGUCUGAAGAAAGGGGAUAUUUCGGGAGGAUCUAUGAUUCCAUACCGUAACUUUAUUCAAUAUCUUCAUGGGUCAGAAUCAACAGCAGCCGGGCAGUUCUGGACAGAUUACCUUCAAGAUGUCAAUCUGGUCGGAUUCCCGCCACUUCCAGAGGCAAAUUAUAAGCCAUACGCAACGGCUAUCGAGGAGCUCAAUGUGUCUGGGAUUGACUGGGCUAAUACCAAUGGAUUUACACCAAAUAUUCUCAUUCAAACUGCCUGGGCACUUGUCUUGUCUAAACGCUCCGGGGCCAGUGAUAUCGUUUUCGGUACUACACUCCUAGGCCGACAAAUCUCGCUGCCUGGAAUUGAGCGAGUGGGUGGCCCGACGAUUACGACUGUCCCAGUACGCAUAACGAUAGACUGGGAAGGGCACGAUGCCUUGAGUUUGGUUCAAAUUACGCAGAACCAGGCAGGGAAGAUGAUUCCUUUUAUGCAUUAUGGCACCUCCCGCAUCCGUCGUCUGAACUUUGAUGCAGAGCAGGCCUGUCAGUUCAAUACAUUUCUGGUAGUACAACCAGCACUGCAAUAUUCAGAAUCAAACCCACAGCCACUAUUCGAUCUCGGAGAUGGUCGUGAUGACAUCCAGGCUUUCAACACUUACGCAGUCAUGCUGGAAUGCUGUUUGACAUCAGAUGGUCUCAUUGUUCGAGCCAGCUUUGAUGAAAUCGUCCUGAGCAAGGAGGAGAUUGGAGAGAUAUUGGCAGACCUCCAGAAAAUCCUCUCAUUCCUUUCCACCGCGUCAAAGGAAUCCCCAAUUCUGAGCGAGGUCGGCAUCUUAUCAAAGAUAGAGCGGGAUCGUAUUGCUGCCCUUAGGAAACCUGGUCGAAAUGUCCAUGUUCUUGAGGCAGAAGCUCGUCUCAAAGAAUGUCUACCGGAUGAAGUGGAGAAUUGCGGGUUGAAUCUUGUUAACAUCCCAGGGAUGUCCAAACAGCUGGUGGCUUUUAUUUCCAUGACAGAAAAUGACACAACCCCUUCAAAGCUGCUGGAUGUUCUCUCUAGACCGCUUGGUCAACUUUCGGAAAAGCUCAGCCGACACAUGCUGCCAACGAGGUUCCUUGUCCUCCCCCAGCUACCCAUGAUAGAGCCCGGCCAGAUCAACCGAGACAAGCUGAGCCAAAUAGCCAUUGAGACACCGACGGAUCAGUUCCUCGACUACUCAGCUUUCGUAAAAUAUCGAAGGGCCUUCGAUGAUCCACCACGGACGAAAGCGGAACUCGUAUUGCAGCAUCUCUGGGCAGCUACCCUGGAAAUUGAUGCUUCUUCAAUCGGUCGACAGACCUCCUUCCUGGCUAUUGGAGGAGAUUCACUUUCGGCAAUGAGACUAGUCGCUGGUCUUCGGGGGGAAGGAUACUUUUUGCAAGUUGCUGACGUGCUGCGCACCUCUCACCUAGCAGACCAGGCCAUCAAGAUGGUUGAAGAGGGUUCCGAAAAUAAUGCACCAUUGCUCCAGCCAGUUGCACCGUUCUCACUCCUCGAGGAAUCAAUCAAUAAGGAAUCCCUCGCUGUGGCUUGUCAUGUUCAGCCGUGGGAGAUUGAAGAUGCGUAUCCCUGUUCUCCUAUCCAGGAGGCGAUGUUGGCUCGUACCGUCCUCCAAGCCGAUGAAUUCGUAUCCCGCGGUCUCAUUCCGCUUCCCGUGGACGUCGACGUGAAUCGAUUGAAGGAAGCUUGGAAUACAGUGAUUGCUGAAACCCCAGUUCUUCGCACUCGUAUAGUUGAGUCUGCCGGACAAGGAUUGUUACAGGUUGUUACCAAGGUAGCCGUACAAUGGCUGGAGCUUGGGACUCGGGAGGAGGAAACACCGACAACCGUCGGGAUUGGGGGGCCCCUGCUUUCUUUCUCCCUCAUAAAACCCUCCUCCGCGUCUGAGACAAGUCCCCGUGGCUCUGCAGCCCUCUUCAUGACCAUUCAUCAUGCAAUUUACGACCGAUGGUCUGCAUCAUUGAUCAUGAGAAGGGUUGAGUCCAUUUAUCGUGGCAUUGCCCCAACCAGGAAUCUGAUUCCAUACAGCCGGUUUAUUCAAUAUAUUGUCCAGGAAGUGGACGAGGAGCAGUGCCGGGAUUUUUGGACGGGAUACUUGGCCGACUGUGCUGCACCGCAGUUCCCCGCUUUGCCUAACCCCAAGUACCAGCCAAUCGCCAAUAUGGCGUCCAAACGAGAUGUACAGGGCAUUAAAUGGCCUAAAGGCUUCACUCCAGCAACAACAUUGAAGGCUGCCUGGGCUAUACUAAUUUCGCAGUAUUGUAACUCACAUGACGUUGUGUUUGGGUCAACCGUUAUGGGUAGACAAGCACCUCUCGCUGGAGUUGAGCUAAUUGCCGGCCCAGUCAUUGCCACAGUUCCUAUUCGGGUAACAUUGAAUUGGCAAUUACCUCUCCGAACUUUGUUACAGGGCAUUCAAUCAGCGGCAGCACAGAUGAUUCCAUUUGAACAAUAUGGACUCGGGCGCCUGCAACGAUUGAACCCGAAUUCCCUCCAGGCCUGCCACUUCCAAUCUCUGUUUGUUAUUCAGCCGCGAGCCGAAGAGGACAGCCAAAAGAAUUUCUUGUUCUUGCAGCGAAGUGAGAAUGAUACCAUAGGCCAAACGUACGCCUUGGUCCUGGAAUGCGUCUUGGGUGGUUCGUCGUCCGUAUCAUCGACGGACGCAGUCACGCUGAGUCUUAGCUUUGACGACCAGGUUAUCGAUGGGCAACAAGCAGACCGACUCUUGCUUCAGCUCGAACACAUUCUCAAACAAUUGUGCAAACACGAUGAUACGAUGGAAAAAAUGCCACUUUCUGAACUCGACUUACUUUCAGAGGAGGACCGCCAGCAGAUCUGGGCUUGGAACGAAACCCUCCCAGAAACAAUUGACAGUCGAAUUGACAACAUGAUCGCAGAGCGCGUGAGUGAACAGCCAAACUCACUCGCGAUCGACGCUUGGGAUGGUCAAUUAACCUAUCGGGAACUGUUCGACAACGCCCGCGAACUGGCUAAUUGGCUGGUGACAGAACAAGGAGUUGGACCAGAGAUUUCAGUUCUCCUCUGCUGUUCAAAAAGUAUGUGGACGCCUGUGGCGAAGCUGGCAGUGAUCAUGGCUGGUGGUGUAGUGGCCCUUGUGGACCCAUUCCAGGCCGUUGAACGCUUGCGGUCCAUCGCUUCCCAGGUCGAUGCUCGGUUGACCUUGGCAUCACCAACAACCAAAGAGAUUGCAGCAAAGAUUACUUCAACCGCAGUGUAUGUCGUUGAUGCCGCGUUCAUCCAAGGCUUGCAUGAUACAUGCCUAGUGGUUGACAACUCAUGGAUUCCAAUUGUGUCGGGCAGCAAUGCUCUGUACAUAAUAUUUACUUCGGGAAGUACGGGAACCCCCAAAGGGGUCAUCAUUACCCAUGCCAAUGCAUGUAGCGCUGUGGUUCACCAGAAGCAACACUGGGGUUAUGAUUACACCACUCGGGUAUUUGAUUUGUCCUCUUAUAGCUUUGACUUUGUGUGGGCGCCAUUUCUCCACGGACUGUGUGCGGGUUCGUGCAUCUGUAUCCCCUCCGAAGAUGAACGCCGUAAUGAUAUCGCGGGUGCAAUUCAAAGACUACGCAUCAAUUAUCUGAACAUCACGCCUUCCCUAGCGCGAUCUCUGGACCCCAGAUCCUUCCCAGAUAUAAAGAACAUCACUAUGGGAGGCGAAGUUGUUCAAUUAAAAGAUGCCACUCGUUGGGGGGAGAAGGUCAGAGUUAUCAACCUCUACGGUCCAUCUGAGUGCACGAUAGGCAGCACAAUGGCAGUAUAUGGAGUGGACUUCAACAGAAUAGUGAAUAUUGGUCAAUCCCAUGGUUUGAACGCGUGGGUUACAUCUUGUGCUCAGCCGAACAAGCUGGCUCCCAUCGGUGCCAUUGGAGAGCUUGUCCUCGAGGGGCCCUUGGUUGGAAGGGGGUACCUGAAUAACCCUGAAAGGACAGCCAGCGUAUUCAUAGAAAAGCCUCCCUGGCUGUCUGCGAUUGACGAUGAUUCAAUUCCUCGUGGCCAACGGGGAGGCUUGUAUCGCACAGGUGAUUUGGUGAGUUGGAACAGUUACGGUAGAUUGAUGUUUGUGGGCCGAGCGGACACGCAAGUCAAGAUCCGUGGACAGCGUGUGGAACUGGAAGAGAUCGAAUUCCAUGCCAGUCACUUUCUUGGCCCUUCGUUCAUGGUAGUGGCCGAGGUUAUCGAAAUACGCAAUACAGGAGACUCCGGAUACAACUCCCAGAUGUUGACCUUAUUUUUGGCGUCUCGCAAUGGGAAGGAAAGUACAAAUAUCGGUGAAGAAUUGCAGCAGUUUACCAAAACACAGCGCAAAGAGUUGAACAGAUAUCUUACACAAGCCCUCCCUGUGUACAUGGUUCCCUCAUCCAUGUUGGAAUUGGAGCGGAUUCCACUUAUGCCCUCCGGGAAGAUUGAUCGCACGAGGCUCCGAGAAAUCGGAGCGAGCAGCAAGUUCCAAGACGUCCAAUACAAUGAACCCGUCGAGGAACUGCAGACAGACUGUGAGAUAGUCCUGAAGGACUUGUGGUCAAGUCUGCUCGCAAUCUCAAGUGACAGGAUAGGCCGCCAUAGUAACUUCUUCGAUCUCGGGGGCGAUUCCAUUAUGGCCAUCCGCCUGGUAGGAGCUGCUCGACAGCAACAACUUCCUUUGUCGGUGACCCUCGUCUUUCAGAAUCCGCAGCUCGACGACAUGGCAGCCCGACUGUCAACUCCCUUUAGUGAUGAACGGGCGCACCGUUUUGACCCUCCUGAUAAUGGACACCUUACCGAGUCCCCAAACCAGGUGCUUCCAGGGAAAUCUCAGGUUGCAAACCUUCUUUCAGUCCCCGAGGAUAUGAUCUGCGACAUUCUUCCAGUGACUGAUUUUCAGCGCUAUGCCAUCCGCUCUGGUUUCACUCAACCUCGCACUGAAUGGAACUAUUUCUCUAUGAGAUUCACCGGCCUUACCAACAUUGCUAAUUUGACAAAUCUCUGUCUUCGGCUUGUAUCAUUGUUGGAGAUACUGCGAACUGUUUUCGUGCCUCAUAACUAUGAUGGUGAAUACAUCCAGGUCAUCUUGCGUACCUUAAAACCAAAUGUCACGGUCAUCCGUGAUCUUGACGAGCUAUUGGACGAGGCAUGUGCGAGAGUAUGUUUGAAUGAACUGGAAGAGAAGCUUAUCCCAGGCUCGCCAUUUGUCAACUUCUUCAUUUUCCAAUCCCAAAAGCACAAUAUGUCGCAAUUGGUAAUUGGUAUCUCCCAUGCUCUCUACGACGGAAUCAGUUUAUCACAAAUGGCCGAACAUUUUGGCGCGCUCUAUGAUGAACGCCCAGUCCCAAUUGUCGGUCAAUUCUCUUCUUACAUAAACUCAAUCACUUCUGCCACUUCCAACUCUUCUCGGGCAGCUUCAUACACCUACUGGCGCUCACUGUUACAAGACGCACCGGUACCGACAAAUAUAACUUACGAUAACUCCAGACUUCGUCCCGGAAAUCGAAUGCGCAUAUGCAGGGAGGUCAGCGUUUCUCAACCUCCCAAACGUGCUACUGUGGCAACGGUGUUUACUGCCGCAUGGGGUAUAGCACUUGCCCGGGUUACUGGGCAAAGUGACGUCGUGUUUGGCCGUGCUGUCUCCGGGAGGACAUUGACAUCUGCUACUGCAGACCACGAGAGAAUCAUCGGGCCGUGUCUGAACCUUGUACCAGUGAGGAUGAGCGUUUCCAAUUUUGAUCCUGCCACUCCAUGCUCUACUGCAGACAAGUCCCAGAUCAUAGAAUCGCUGCAGUCCCAGUUCAUCGACUCCAUCCCCCAUGAGACCAUUGGCCUGUCCGAAAUCGCGAAGAAUUGCACCAAUUGGCCGAAAGACAUCUCGGAAUUUGGCUCGGUAUUCUACUUUCAAAACAUUGAGCAGCAAACCGCUGUUCUAGUGGGAGGCCAAGACAUAGUGUUUGCCGCUCUCCCACUUGACCGACCAGACCCUCCUGAGCCACCCCGACUAAAUGUGUUGCCACGGGGCGAGACGCAAUAUACAUUGGAGCUGUUGGUGCCAGAGCAAAUGGCAAAAAACAAUGCCUGGUCGCAGAUUUUGGACGCGAUGGUCGAGUGGCUCGAUGCUUUUUCUUCCGGUGACUAA